CCUGAUUUUACAACAAGUCUUACAAGGCAGAACAAAAAGAGCAGGGAGGUCAUAAAGUCUGCUUUCUUCUCUGAAACUGUAGUCCACUGCUAGUCGCUGCCUUGUUGAUUUUUAACCAAGCACCUGAACACAGUGGGAGCGUGUGAGGAUGAAACCCACACAGUAAUGCUGCAGCCUUUUCAGUGUCUUUAUUUUUUUAAGACAUUGUUGAAUUUGGAUUCGCAAUGGAGGAUGGACCUAAAAUUUGUAGCAGAACCAUCCAAAAUAAAGGGGUGUUUGUUUUUUUGUUUAGAAAGCUGUGAGCUGUCUUUUGUUCUUUUUCCAGUUUCUAUUCAUCUCAGUGACUGGGCAUGGACAGAGAAAACCUGUGGGGGUCCUGAAGUGUCUGGUAGCAGGACGUUAAGGGAUUCCCUUGUGGGUAUGUGGAAAGGGAUUGCUUCCCCCAGAUUUGAGUUGCGCUAAACAAGCUGGGGAUGGGAGGAUGGGAUGGUGUUAGAAAGGGUUGUUCCUGUGAGAGGGAUCUGCAACUCUACUCAUUGAUGAACUACUUUUAUUUUGCAAUGUGCACCUUUAAAAGCCUGAAGAUGACUUUGCUGUCAACUUAUCAACUGUUUAUUUCCGGCAAUGCCCCAAUCAUUCCUCUAAACAGCAUCACAUAGGACAAUCAGACGUUUUUAUUUUUAAUUAAGCACAUGAACAGUGUUUUUAUUUCCUACUUCUAUUUUUACCUGAACGGAGUGGAAACCAGCCAUGCCCAACCAUUCGGGCAUGCUGUCUCUUUUUUCCCCUCCCUGCCUCCACUCAUGAGGCUGAGUAACCUCAGCAGCCAAUCACAGGCAGCUGGAGGAGAAAAAAAACAAGAAAAACGGAGGCUGCACACAGCUUAAAAACCACUCAUAGGUGACACGUUUGCAGAGAGCACACUCAGGCACAGAAACAGCUUCAACAUCAGUGUUUUUACUCAUUAGUCUUUAAAAAAAAAGACCCAUUUGUUUUUGUUUUUAUCUAAUCUGAACUCUUGAUCUGCAGGGAAGCUCAGGUUUUUAGUCAGAAAUUUCAGUUUGCUCUGCACUUUGCACCUAUUUGCCAAAAUGGGCCUUUUUAUUGCUUCCCUGCUGUUUCUGUCAGUUGCUUCCAUUUCCAACGCCCAGUUUCUGGCGCCUUUCAACAUGGGAGGGGUCAGAGGGCAGGUUCAGUUUAACUCCACCUCCAAGAUGGCCACUGUAAACAUAUCUGGAGUUGGAUCCUGUGAUAAACUUAACUUCUCCCUCAGCGUGUUCCCGCUCAUGUAUGGACACUUUGCUCAGCCGUGUUCUGACGUAAACAUUGGCUCCCCCUUCUAUGCCUUUAUGGCUAAUCUUACCUCACCGUCCAGCAUCAAUGUGUCAAACCUCUUUGAGCAAAGAUUAAACCUAGAUGACCUCUCACUGUCUUUCCAGAAAUGUGAUGGUGUUAAAGUAUGUGCAGUUGUGAGUCAAGGUCAAACCCUCUUGACUCGUCAGGCCAGGUUUACGGAGUCUGUCGUAGGUAAUGUCUACAUACGUUCUAACGUAAACAACACCAACCCCAGGCUUCUUGCUGACUUAGCGACAGUUGGUCAGGUGAGCCUCCAACAAACCAAUAUCUCGAUCUUUGGAACCACAAGUGAUAUGGUGAACUGUAGUGCACUUCUUGGAAACUUGGCGUCUUCCUCAUUGAUAAACCUGGGGGUCGUAAAUGCUGGAACCCUUUUGCCUCCCCAGAAAUCACGUAUCGACCUCACCACCACCACCAGAUUUAGUUUCCUUCUCCUGAACAUUGGGUCAGGUUAUAAGUGUGCUCAGUUAUAUGAUGUGCCUGCGAAGGAAGUGAGAGCUGUUAUGAAUAUGCAAGGAGUCAAAGGAUCCUUCAUCUUUAGACAGGCCUCUCCAUUUGACCUAACACAGAUCAAUGUGAAUCUGACAAACUUACAGGGCCAAGUCGGCCCUUACCAUGUCCAUUUGUUUCCUGUUCCUUCAGUCAGGUCAGACCUCUGCUCAAAUGAUAAUGUUGGCGGUCACUGGAAUCCAUUUGCAAUCAACACAACUAGCCCACUAUACCCUAAUGGGUCUGGGUCAACCCACGACAAGUAUGAGAUGGGUGAUCUCAGCAGCAAGCACAUGUCUCUAGCAGGAAAAAAUUCAACUGAUGACAUGUUCAUUGACUUCAACCUCCCUCUGUUUGGAGCAAAUAGCAUUGUUGGUCGUUCAGUCGUGAUUCACAAGAUAGGUGGUGCAAGAUUUAUUUGUGCCAGCAUUGGUUAUCCUGGAGAGGUGAAUGUAGGCAGGGCCACAUUUCAGGACCUUGUGGUGGGUAACGUCUGGUUUACCCAGCUGGUUAACCACCCUCUAUCUGACGUUUCCAUCUUCAUGGAUCUGUCUUAUGGAGUUCCCUCAACAACGCCAACCCAAAACCACAACUGGCAUGUUCACGUUUUUCCCAUUAGCUCAGAGACGGACGGUGAUGCGGGGCGUUGCGGCACAACAGGAGGUCACUGGAACCCGUUUAGCAUCAACACAACUGAUGGCACCUACGCCAGCUAUUGUAAUUCUUCCUGUCCCUUAUGCUGUGAGGCUGGAGACCUCGCCAACAAACAAGGCACCAUUAAUCUUGAUACCAAUGUAGGAGCAGUGGAUGCAAAACAUUUUUUCACAGAUGUUGCUUCCUGGUUGAGCAUAUCAGGCAUUAUUGGUCGUUCUAUGGUCAUCCAUGAGGCAAACAGGGGAAGCUCGAGAAUUGCUUGUGCCAAUAUUACAUUGGUACGUGUUCCCGCUGCUGGUUUAAGUUCUUGGUUUGGUCCAGGAGCGUCCAGUGGUCAGGUGCGAUUCUCUCAAGCUGUUCCUCAAGGCCCUACAACUAUCAAUGUAUCUUUAGCAAAUCUGACUUCCAUGGCUGGAGGCUACCAUGUCCACAUUUUGCCCUUGAGGGCUGGCAGUGUAGACCCCUGCUCAAAUGCUAACAUUCUGGGUCACUAUAACCCACUAGCCUGGAACACGUCAAUGUCCCCCUCACCUGGAGUGGGCACCGUCGAUCAGUAUGAGAUUGGAGACAUCAGUGGGAAGUUUGGGUUGCUCACUAACCAAAAUAACUUUGAUGCCAUCUACAAUGACCCCAACAUGCCACUAACUGGACCCUAUAGCAUUGUGGGAAGAUCUGUGGUUGUUCACUACAACAAUGGAUCAAGAUUGAGAUGUGCAAACAUCUUAGCAGAAAGAAACACCGAUGGACAAUGGACCAUCGCCAAGGCUGUUUUCAGUGGUGCAGUGAUGGGGACAGUCAGACUGCUUCAGCAAAUGUUUCCUGAUGGAAGCAGAGGUGAUGUUACAUUGGAGACGGAUCUCAGUUCUGCAAAUCCAAAUAUAAUCACUGCCUCUUUGUUCAUUGCAACUGGCCGGGCAGAUGUCAGCAACUUAUGCAACCGAGUGGGAAGCACAUUCAACCCUUUUAACAUGACAUCAUCGAGCUCUAGCUGCUCAUUGGUAAACCAGUUGGGUUGUGUGAUGGGGGAUGUAUCAGCCAGACAAGGCAACGUCAGCCUGGUUGGGAGGGAGCUCUACACUGACUCAGUCAUUCAGCUUUCUGGAGACAACACAGUUGUCUACAGAUCUCUUGUGCUGAGGAGUGGAGGCAGCAUCCUUGCGUGUGCAGACAUCCUCCCAGAGUCUCAGUCAGCAACACAGACCUUUCCCAAUGUUAAUGCUUUUAGCCGAUAUGAUUUCCGUAACAGGGUUGCAAGUGUUUUGGGGGCAGACAUAGCAAGAGUCACCAUCUUGCCAGGCUCUCCCCUCUCUGCAUCCAACAGCCAGUGUCAGCAGGUCACCUACAUGAUUUCUGGGACCGUCAGCACAGAUCUGCUGAAUUCUGUCAAGACCAGCAACCAAAUGGGCCAGUUCAAAGAGUCUACUACAUGCACAAGACAUUCAGGGUCGUUGCUGAUGCUGGGAAGUCUCCCUCUUACCUUGAUGUUUGCUGUUGCCUGUCUGCUGCAGACUUUGCUGUAGUUACAGUGAGAGUGACUGUGCCACUCUGCAUCACCAUCAUCGGUGGAGAUAUGAGGAUCAUCUUGUAAUAAAACUGUGAAGACGGUCUAGUCAAAACUACUGUGAUUUUCAAUCAAAUGUUUUUUGUGCAAACUUAUGAGAAAAUGAGAUCUUCCAAUUUGACAUUUAACUUUUUUUAAUAAUUGAUUUGGAACAUAAAUAUGAUUUUCAGGUGAGUGUGUGUGUGUGUGUGUGUGUGUGUGUGUGUGUGUGUGUGUGUGUGAGAGAGAGAGAGAGAGAGAGAGAGAGAGAGAGAGAGAGAGAGAGAGAGAGAGAGAGAGAGAGAGAGAGAGAGAGAGAGAGAGAGAGAGAGAGAGAGAGAGAGAGAGAGAGAGAGAGAGAGAGAGAGAGAAUACUCUCAUUUGAGAUUACAGGCAAUUAUUUCUUUUACAUGUGGGCAAAAAAUGUAAUGAUUGUUUUUAAGGCCUGGGAGUUUUCUUUUCUUUUAAGGGUUGUCUAAAUUUUUAUUUGAAAUGAUGUAAAUAUCUGAAAAGUGGUGAAUAAAGGCAUGGAAAGGGUAUUUCUUCUUUUUCAAAUUGAAAAAGGAACAAAUAACUGAAUGGAACACAAAUGAAGAUGAUUCAGACAGGACAAUUAAAACUUUAUUUAUUCAACAGUGUUAGACAAAAGUGGGUAGAGUCAAAGAAAAAAUCCACCAGGUUAAUCUAACAAAUAUACUUUUUGAUUUACAUUAAAUGAAUGAGGGAAAGUUUGCACCCUCCAGUGGAAGAAUUUUGGAACUUCACUUUUUUUUUGUCUUGGCGGUACCGUAGCUGGGUUAAAGGGAGAAAAGGAAUUUACGUUUACAAAAUUACAAUAUUUACUCAGUAAAAAUGCUUCAUGUGAAUGAAUUAUUUCAAAAUAAAACUUGCAUUUUUGAGUUAGCAACAGGAAAACCCACUCUACAGUCUGUUUCUCUCAAUGUUUAGCUUUAAAAAAAGUGCAUUCAUGCAACAGAGGUUACACAUGGCUGGACAUAAUUGUUAUUUUUAGUCAAUGUGAAAACCUCAGCUAGGUAAAGAGCUAAGUUUUUUACUGACACAAAAUAAUUUUAAAAGGGAAAUUAGCACCGUCCUGUGGAAAUUAUUUCCUUAGUGUUUAGCUCAAAAGAAUUGAAUGUUUUCUAUGUAUAGACA